AUGGACGCACAAAUUCGUCGUUUGGUUGUGACCGGUGCUGAACAAAAUGACAUUAAACUAUUAUCUGAUGCAUUUCAUAAACUUCAACAAAAUUUUCAAGUUAAUCUUGUUCAAAGUAAAGAUACAAUCGGACAAGAUAUUUAUGUAUUACUAGCAGAAAGUGCUCUUGAUUUAAAUGCAGAUUCAAUUACGGAUGAAUGUCUUCAAAUGUUUUUCUCAUUAAGUCCAGUUAAAAGUCAAUUUGUUGGACGAGCUUAUUUAUGUCAAUUUCGAAUGUAUAUGCCGAAAGCAGCUCAAGAUUUUGCUUCAUUGAAUAAUGCUAUACCAUUCUUACAAAAAUGUCUUACUUUUGCUUCAACAUCACCAAGAUAUCAAUUUUUAGUUUACAAUGCAUCAGUUAUCUAUUUUAAUUAUGUUCGACCAUUUUUUCGUGUUGGUUUUCGAAAAUAUUUAUGUGAUAGUUUUCAACAAGUUAUUGAUACAUUAUUAAAUAUUACUGAUGAUCAAGAUUAUCUUUGGCAAGCACAACUUCUUUUUGAACUAGUUCGAUGUUAUAUUGAUGCUGAUAAUAUGAAUAAAGCUCAAGAUAUAAGUCGUCAACUUUUACAAUUAUGUCAAACAAAACAACUUUCUCUUCUUUCAAAUAUUCUUCAAUUUUUAACUGUAAACAAUGUUUUUGAACCAAAUAAUCUUUUAUCAUAUGCACCAAUUGAUGAUCCAUCAUCUCUAUUUAAUCGAUUACUUAUUGAACUUGCAUCAAUUCAUCGACAAAUUCUUGAAAAUAGAACAACCAAUGAAACUAAUGAAAAUUUAAAAAUUAUAUUUGAUCGAAUUGUUGCAUUACCAUUACGUAGUGCUGUAACUGCUACUAAAUUAACUAAAGGUUUAUCACCACGAGAUAAUUAUACAAAUCAAUUAGAGAAAACAUUAACAUUAUAUGAAAAACAUCGUUUAUUAAUUGAAGCUGGUCGUCUUUCACUUUUACUACGUUAUACUGAUUUAACAAAAGUUAUUCUUGAAGCUCUUUCAAAUAUUCGAUUAAAAGAACCAGAAUAUCUUCUUGAAGUACGAUUAUUACAAGCUGAAUAUAUGGUUAAAAGUUUAGGAGAAAAUGAACAAUUAUAUAGUAAAAGUUCUGUAGAUACACGUAUUCGAGCGAUUGAAUUAACAGAAGAAACAUUAGAAUCUUUAGUACGUACAGGACAAUAUGAUUUAGUUCAAACAGGUUGUACUAUAUUAUGGAAUAUAUGUUUAUCAUUAUUACAAACAAAUCUUCGAGGAAAAAUUCGAAAAGCAUUAACAACACUUGUUAAUAUUCUUGAACGUAUACAAAGUCUUGAUUGGUUAUUACGAAGUCAAGCUCAUUUUGAAUUAGCUAAAAUUGAAGAAGAUAUUGAACAACUUGAGUCAGCAAAAACUAAUUUACUUAAAGCUAAACAAUUAGAUGAUACAUCAAUAUAUGCAGAUCGUAUUAAUUUAGGAUUAGAAAGACUUCAUUUACGUAGUGAAUUAUAUAAAAUUCCUGAAAAUAUUGAUGAUCGUGUUGGAAUAAUAAUUGAACAAGCUGGAAAAGCAAUAAAUGGAAAUAAAAAUAAACAACGUGCUUUACUUAUUGAAGCUUGUUUAUUAUUAGCACAAGAUGCAUUUCAAGUUGUAUUAGAUUCAGAAAAUCCAAAUGCUAUUGGGAAAAUGCGUGCAAAUCCAACAGCACAAUUGAAAGGUUUUGCUGAUCAUUAUGAAAAAUGUAUUCAAAAUACUACUCAAUAUGAACGUAGUAUGUCUGAAGAAACAGAUCAAGAUAAACGAUUAAAAUUAUGGGCCGAUUUAACAAUGAUUGCACGUCGACAAGAAAUAUGGGAUGUAUGUCGAACAGCAGCACGUUUUUGUUUAUUAUAUGAUAGUGAACAACGCCGUUCAGUAUUAAAUAUAACUGAUCAAUCAUCAAUACCAAAUGUAUAUCAACGUGAUCUUAUUCGACUUUUAGCUGAAAUACAUUUUAUUGCUGGAGAAGCUGAAAUAGAAUUUAUACGUGAACGUCGUAUAGAAUUAUUUGAUACACCUAUCCGACCACCAAUGCCAACAGUACCAUCUGCACAACGUAUACAAUUACAACAAGAAUCAGAUAAUGAUUGGAAAUAUUAUUGUCAAUGGCUUCAACAAUUAUCUAUUCGUGCAUGUACACAUUUUUCAACUGGAGCUAGUUUAGGUCAAUUACUUAAUGAAUCAUGGCUUGUUUGUCGUUCAGGAGAAUAUCUAUGGAAUUAUACACGUCAUUUAUUUUAUAGUAAUCGUUUACGUCUUAUUCUUGAUCCAUUAUCAACAAUUGUUAAUGGAUUGAAAAAAGUUGGUUUUGAACGUGAAAUUCUACUUUUAGUAAAUUUAUGUGUUGCACUUGGUAAUGCUUAUAUAACACCAUUACCAGUUUCAGCUGAUGAUACUCGAUCAAUAUCGAAUGUAGAAACUACUCCUAUACCUCAACAAGCUCCUACAACAACAAUAAAAAAAGGAACAAAAGCUGAUCAACAAACUACUGCAACAAAUGUUGUACCUGUUGGAUCACCAUUGACAACUGUUAAAACUGAUGAUCUUAAAGCUGCACUUGAUAUAUGUGAAUAUGCCAUAAAUCAAACAAAUGAAGAAGUUGCUAAACCUCUUUCAGUUUCAAUUCGAGAUCGGCAAACACUUUUACAAUUAUGGGUUACUAUUAAACAACAACUUCAACAAUCAAUUAAAUCAUCUCUAUCGAAUAUUCUUGGUGAUGAAGAUGAAAAUACAUCGAGUUUAAAUACAUUAUCACGAGCUGUUAUUGCUGUUGACGUACUUUCACGUCUUGAUAAUGGUUGGCAUGAUAAUAAAGAUGGAAUGAAUCUUAAACAGACAGUUACAUUUGUUGAUCAAUGUACAUGGAAUGAUUCACUUGUUGAAUUACAAUUAUGGUGUCGUUUGGGUAUAAUAGCUAAUCGUGCUAAUGAUAUUGAAACAACUGUUUAUUGUCGUGAUAAAACUCUUGAAUUAAUAACACUUUUUCAAACACGAAAAGUAGAAAAAUUUCAAUUAUCAUUAGCUAAUGAAUAUGUUAGUCGUGCAUGUGGUGCUCAUGCUGAAUGUUUACUUAAACAACAAACUGGACAAAAACAAGAACGAAAAGAAGUACUUGCUAUUCUUGUUGAAGCAGCAAGUUAUUCAUCAAAAGCUGAUCUAUAUGAAUUAACAAUGCAUUUAGCACGUCAUUUUUGGAAUACAUGUCGAGUAUCAAUAAAACGUAAAUUAGAACGAUCACUUUUAUUUGAUCCAUUAAAUGAACUUAUUCAUCAUAUCAAUACAGUUGCACCAAAAUCAAUUGUUGCUAGUCUUCAUGAUAAAGAAAUAAAAGAAGAAAAAUCCAUUUCAACAGAUAAUUUUAAACCAAAAAAACAACCAUUAAUUAAUAAAAAAGAUAAAAAAUCUCAAACAAUUGAUGAUGAACAAUUAUCAAUAACAACAUCAAUAUCAAAUCCACAAGAAGAUGCACAAAUACGUUCAGCACUUUAUGGUGUUCUUGUACAAAUUUAUAUGGAUAAACAUUCAUGGCAUUCAGCAUUAGAUGCUAUUGAUAAUGCAUUACAAGUUUUACCACGUACACAACAUCGUUUACUUUUAUAUAAAUAUCGUGUUUUAAUUAAAUCAAAAUUAGGUUUAUCAAUUAGUACAGAUAUGCAAAAAUUUCGUGAACAAGGUGAAUUAUCAUUAGCUAAAAUGUGGAGACAAGUUGCAAUUAUGGCAAAAAAACGUGAACAUGUUAUUAAUGCAUAUCAACAUGCUAUUGCUACAUUACAAAAUUUAGAUAAUUAUUGGAUUAAAAUUGAUUAUAUAUUAGAAUUAGCAAGUUGGUUAUAUAGUAAUGAAUAUCUUAUUGAUAAUGUUAUUGAUUUAAUUGAAUGGUCUAUUGAUUUAUUAUUAACUUCACCUGAAGCUUAUAAGCAAGCAGAAUUAAAUGCUCGCGAUCAACAAGAUACUGAUAUUCCUAAUAAUCGUUCAUCAAUACUUAAAAGUGAUCAAGAAUAUAAUAAAACAACAACACCAAAAGCAGAUAUUGGUAGUGAUCCAGAUCAAGCUCAUUUAGGACCAACAAAACCUAAACUUCCUAAUCGUUUACAACCAGAUUUAUCAAUUGGUGAAGUAGUUCAAGUUCGUCGUCUUGAAUAUUUAUGUCGAUGUCAUAUAUUACUUGCUUAUAUGACUCGUCGAAAUCAACCUGAAUAUGAACAAUUAUUACAAAAAGCUUAUUGGUUUCUUACACGAUUAUGGCAGCGUGGUCUAUCGGAUAGUAUUGAAAUUAGUAAAGAUGCUGAAGCUGAAGCAGCUGCGGCUGCUGCUGAAGCACAGGCAGCAGCAGCUGAUGCAGGAAAAAAACAACAACAAAAAGGGGCAACCGGUGCAGACGCGAAAAAAAAACCACCAGCCGUACAAGCUGGAAAAAGUACAGAUAAACAACCUGCAAAUGUCAAAACUGGUACAUGGGAUACAUCAACACCUAAAAAUUUAUCUGAAUGGGCAAUAUUCGUACCUAAUAAUGAUAUAUUACAAACAUAUACAUUAUCACAAGCAAAACAACGAGGUUUUAAUAAAAGUACCAUAUCAAAACCGCUUUUAACAUUUUAUUAUUUGGAUAUGUUUGUUAGUCUUUUACGUGAAUAUGGUUAUAAUCAUAUGAGUUUACCUGUACUUAGUUUUAUGCGACUUCUUGGUCAAAUAAUUUUACCAAGUUCAUCUAUUCGUACUUAUGUCUUACUUCAUAUUCAACAAGUAUGUCAAGAAUUAAAUCUUCUUGAAUCAAUGCAAAUAAUAUGUCAAUUAGCACGUCCAUUUGCUAUUCGAGAUGAUGAUUUAGCUACAUCACGAGCUGAAAUGAUUAUUUAUAUAAAAUUACUUGCACAACAACGUGAAGAAGAAACAUUAUUUGAAUCAGCAUUAGGUAGUAGUGGAUUAAAAAGUGAAGCACGAUCAUACGGUACAUCAGCUUAUUCAUCGCCAGCAUCACGAGCUCAAGCAAGUGAUCCAAAAUCUUUAAUAGCUGAUUUACCAGGAGAUCGACAAAUAUUAAAUAAAUUAAUAAUAAGAAAUAUAUGGUUACAAACAGCUCGUUUAUUAUUUGAUUUAAAUUUUAUACAAGAAUCAAAAGAAAUGUUACAAGAAAUUCUUAAUCAAGCUAAAACUUAUGAUGAUCAAAUAUGUGAAAAACGUGCUUAUAUACUUUUGGGUGAAAUUGCUUUGUAUGAACAUCGUUUUGAUCAAGCUAUUGAUUUAGCUAUGCAAGGACAACAAAUACCAAUUGAUGAACAUGAUUGGUAUCGAUCAGUUAUUACUGUUAUUGAAGCUUUAAGACAAGAUACAAAUCAAGAUGCAUAUAAACAGAAAAAAAUUCGAUCUUUACUUGAAACAUCUAUUAAACGACUUGAAUCAAUUGCACAAUUACAUAUUAAUAAACUUAUAUCAAUUGCUUAUGCUGCUUCACUUCUUAGUACCAAACGAAUCGAAGUUGAUCUAAAUGAAAUCUUAAGUGAACCAACAGUUAAUACCAUUGAUAAUAAACAAGUAUUCUAUCGUUUAUAUGAAAUUCUUCAACAAUAUGAUAUAUCUUUUAAUAAUAUGCUUAAUCUUGAUCGAUAUAAUGAUGCUUGUGAAAUAAUGCUUACACGAUCAAUACCAAUUUGGAAACGUUUUGCACGUGAUACAAAAAAUCAAAAUGAACAAAAAAAAUAUUUAUGUCAAGUACUUAAUAUACUUGAACAAUUAACAGAAAUACUUGCUGAACGUUGGUAUUUAAUACGAAUAAUAACAUCACAAAAUGAUUUAUCAUCAAUUCAAUUACCUAUUCAACGUCAAUUUAUUCGUGUACAACUUGAAAUUAUUAACAUAUUACUUGAUCUAUUAAAAAUUUCAGCAUAUGAAAUGUUUAAUGAACGUUUAAGACGAAAAAAAACUCAUGCUACAUAUUUAGCUGUACAAGAUUUUGUUGGUAAAAAUGAACCAACAGAAGAACAUAAUGAUGAAAAUACAAAUAAUAUCAAAUGGGAUGAUAUGAUAAAAGUUUUACCAGAUAAAUUAAUAACUUCAAUAAUGGCUGUUCUUGAAAUAAUUGAUACAACUGAUAAAACAACAAAAGCAAAGGUCUUAUUUUAUUUAGCUCAAGUUUAUUCAAUACUUGGUCAAAAUUUUGGUACAGAUUAUCCACUUGAAUGGAAUAUGAGAAUUAAAGAUAUAUUCAGUAAAUUAAAUGAAAUACCAAUAGACAAAGCAGCACUUAAACGAAUGGGAUCACAAACUAGUUCGAAUUUAAAUCAAACAACAACAUCUUUUGAUCAUGAAUCAAUAACAGAUGAUUUAUUAACUGAAUUUAUUCGAGAAAAGAUGGAAUUAAAUCAAUCAAUGUCAUAUCUUAGUCAAUCAAUGGAAUUAGCAUUACAAUCAUUGAAUAUAGCUUUAUCUAUUCAAGAUAAAAUACUUAUUCGUGAUUGUAGUUUAUUACUUUGUGAAACAGUUGGUCAAUUUGAUCCAAUAUCAAGUAUUACAUAUUUAAUAUUGAGUCAAAAUGCAAGUGCUUCAAUUUAUACAGAAAAUAUUUUGAAACGUGCAUGUCAUAUUACAAGUGAUUCAGAACUUGCUUCAUUAUUUAUAUUAAUUAAUCGAAUAAAACAAGAUGAAACUAUUACAAAUGCAAAUAAUGGUAUUAUAUAUCGAACAAUGAUGGAUCGAUUAAAAACCUAUUGGCCAUGGAAAUACAUGACAAUUCGACCACAAUAUUAUGAUUUAAUAAAAGAUAUGCCAGCAUCAUUCAAUUUUCUUAUUUUACAUUAUUCAUCAAAUAGUGAUAUACUCUAUGCAGCUUUAUUCAAUAGUAAAAUGUCAAGUGGAAAAGGAACAAUAUCAACAGCAGCUACUAAACAAACGAAUCCAAAAUCGAUCGGUUCAACUGGUGGAUAUAUAAGUCCUCAAAUAAUGAAAAUAAAUGUUGAUAAAAAUAAAUUAAAUAAUCUAAUCAAUAAAUUUAAUCAAUGGAAACAAGAAUAUUCUCAAAUUUUACAACGAUAUGAUAUUAAACUUCAAUAUAGUCGAAAUAAACAAGUUAUGCUUAAUUCUGAACAAUCUGAUCCAGUUGAUAUUAGUUUAAUAAAUGAAUUUAAACAACGUUUUAUGCAUGAAUUUGUUAUUGAAUUAAAUGAAUAUUUUUCGCCUAUAAGUUCAUUACUUUCAAAUUAUCUUGAAUCUGAAAAACAAUAUGAACUUCGAACAUCAAUUAGUUCAGAUCAUCUUAUUCUUCUUGUUGAUCCACGUCUUGCAAAUUUACCACUUGAAUCACUUGAAAUAUUUAAACAUAUUCAAAUUGGUGGAAUCUCACGUGAUUUUUCUAUUCAAUCGAUUUAUUAUCGUCUUAAUCCAAAUAUUUCUCUUGAUGAAAGUACGAUGCCAACUGAUGAUAACAAAAGCAAGAAAGGUGGUGCGAAAGAAACGACUGGUGAAGUGACAAGUGAUUUACAAGUAGUUGAUGCGGCGAAUACUUAUUAUUUAAUGGAACCAGUUUUAGUUAAAUAUGCGACUGAAAAUAAAACAUCGACACCAUUCGAUUUACUUCGACAACGAUUUCCUCAACUUAUUGCUAAAUGGAAAACAAUUAAACAAGAAGGAACAACAUUAAAUACCGUCGAACUUGAACGUAUUAUUAGUGAAGCACAAGGUAUUAUUUAUUAUGGUGCACAUACAUUAGGUGAAUUACUAGGAUCAUAUAAAUGUCCGACAUUAUCUAAAAAUGGUUGUACAAUAUUAUGUUCAUUUGAUCGAACAUCAACUAGUACAAUUAAUACACCUAUAUCAUCAUUGAAUGAAAAUGAUUCAAUUGAACUUGAUCAUGCAACUGAAACAGCACUUUUAUGGAGUUCAGGUGGUAUUAAAUCCAUAUUACUUAAUCAAUGGAAAUCAACAAUGAAUGAAAAUGAAAGUUUAUUAAUUAAUAUUUUUACAGAUAUUGCAACACUUCGUUGUUCAUUAAGUCAAGCAUUACGUUUAUUUGUAUAUCCAUAUUUUCGUCCAAUUGAAAUCGAUCCAACAGCAACAACAGCAACAUCAAAAGACACAAAAGCGAAAGGAAAUACUACGGUUAAUAAAAAAACUCGUUCACCAUCGCCUAAAAGCAAAGAACAACAACCACAAUCAGCAGCUAAAAUGGAUCUAAACAAUAAAAAGAAGACAUCAUUAGCUCCUCCAACUGGAAUUAUUUCCGAAUUACCACCAACAAAAGAACCUAUAGAAGAAAGACAACGACCAGCCUUGCAACUUCAACAAUUAAAUGCUGUUAUUUUUGGAUUACCAAAUCUUACAUUUACACCUUGA